UGUGCAAUUAUUGCGUUUAGGGUGAAAAGGCGCAGGCAACAAACAGCAGCAUUAGCGUAGCAUUUGCUAUGACGGGUAUCUGUGCCACAGCGGAUGGGAAUGUAAAAACGCGCAUUGUUUCCAAAAGUGCUCCGUUCAAAGGUUGAUAACCGUGUCCAGUGUGACCCGCCGUGUACGGUUUCUCUGAUAAAGAUCCCCGGAAAGGGACGUGCGUUUGUGAAGCAACCCAACUCGCGGAAUCUGCGUUUCGUGUUGCGUGUGGUGUGACAAGUGGGUUUGAGCGUCGUGCGCGACACCACCGAGCGUAGUCGCCCGAGACUUUCCCGUUAAAAGUUUUGCAGGCUGCCUCGCACCGGUGAAUGCUGUGAAGCGUCCGCUAGCAAAGCCUACCCCGUUUGGUGUUUUUGUAGCGCACGAUUGUCCACGCGCCAGCAUCGGGUGAGAGCGCGCCGCCCGAAAACACACACUCUCGCACGCACAUACACGCACACCGUCGUGGAACGGGACGGGAUCGGGAAACCAGAAAAUCCGAAUUUGUGUGUGGGAAAUACCGCGCGCGCGUUCGCUCGCUCGUCGUCGUCGUUGGCACUCGUAACAGAGGCGCGAUUAUCGGUCGUCGGUUGGUCGAUUCGGACGUUGUCGCUCCGCUGAGGGCGCAGCAAAACAACACAUCUCGAACAGCGAUCCGCACCUGUACCGCUACCUCCUCCCCUCCCUUCCGCCACACCCCCUCCCGCUGAUCCACGGGGCCCUGCACGCACGGGAGGAAUCCCUUUUUUGUGUUUCUACGCGUACACAUACGCACGCGCCCCAGCUAGCGAGAACUCCACCAGGCGGCAGUAGCAGCAACAGCAACAGCAACAGCAGCAGCAGCAGCAGCAGCAGUUGGCAGGCAGGCGCACACACAGGAGAAAACUCCAAUAUAUCCCGUAGCCACUGCCGUCACCAGCAUCGUCGUCGUCGUCGUCGUCUUCUGUCGCUUUGUCCCCGUGGCAUUACAGGACCAACGCCGAGGACGGAAGCUAAAUUCCGCUGAAAAUAUCUCGGUCCGUUCGGCCGACAGGCUCUGCGAGGCUUUCGGUUUCUGUCAUCAUCAUCAUCGUCGGUCGGUCGUAACACCGAACGCAAGCGGACAACCGGGGAUUCGGCGACAUCAUCCUUCGCUGAUUGUCCUUGCUGCUGUAAUCAGUCCUCUUCUCGCCCGUCCCCGCCCCUCCGGACAGCCAGACAUCAAUGGAUUCGGAGAUUCCGGAACUUUCGGACGAAGCCGAGGAACACGUCAAACUCGACAACGGUGAAGAGGUUGCAUUGCCUCCACGCACGCGUCUGGUGGCCACCACCGACGUUCAGCAGGGAAACACAGUAGUACAGGUGCCGGUAUCGCUUCCGGUUGGGACGCUCAUCGGUGGCGCCACCUUCAACGUACUCACCACCGAACAGAUACAACACUUUAAACCAAUGAUUUGCGUCGACAACAACGGUUUCGUCUCGAGCAGUACGGUGGUCGGCGAUCUCGGCAACGAACUGAAGCAGACACAUAUCGUCAUCCAGCAGCAGAGCUCAUCGGACGGCAACAACCAGCAACAGGAUGACUCGGGCCUGGUGGAGGGUGGCCAGUCGCAGAACAAUUCCCAGCAAGGCUCACAGUCGCAGCAAACCACCCAGGAGUACCGUGUCGAGGGUAACAGCGCACUGGCGAACCACCUGGCCAACGUGGAGAUACUGCAGGUGCGCUGUAAAACCACGACCGGCGAGCUGUACAAAAGCCGGCUGGGUUCGGGCGGCCGGGGGAAAUGCAUCAAGCACAAGGACGGUUGGUACACGCCGAGUGAGUUUGAAAACAUUUGUGGCAGAGGCUCGAGCAAAGACUGGAAACGAUCGAUAAGGUACGGUGGGCGCAGCUUGCAGACGCUCAUCGACGAGGGUAUCCUGACGCCGCACGCCACCAGCUGCACCUGUUCCGCGUGCUGUGACGAUGAGUCCGGGGAAACCGCGACCGGACCGGUGCGUCUGUUCACGCCCUACAAGCGCCGGCGAAGAAACCAAAGCGAGCACGAAUCACCGCAGUUGGAGAAAAAGAAGCGCAUCGUCGUGACGACGACCGGUACGACCACGGCGACCGGCGCGAACGCCACCAGCACAUCCGGCACCAUUGUUAACAGCACCAACAAUUCUACCAGCAAUAAUGCAGCUCACACCAACAAUGCCAUCAUUAGCAGCAACAGCACCACCACGACCACAAACAAUUCCGCCAUAAAUAAUCAGCACCAGCAGCAGCAGGUGGCGGUGCAAGCGGCCCAGGUGCAUGCCGCCACCCGGCAACAGCUGCAUCAAGCCACAGCCACAAUAAAUGCAACACCGAUCAUUACCAACAAUACGAGCACCACCACGACCACCACCACGGUGAAGGUUGUGCAGCAGGAACAGCAGCAGGAGCUGCAGAACGAAUUGAUCACAACCAAAGAGGAACCGUGGCAAACACUAACGGAAGGCAUCGACUCUACGACCGAAUUUGUGGACCAACAAACGCAAUUGCUAGCUGAGGCUAAUUUACCAUUCGAACGGAUGAAAUCGUUCUGCACCCAGCUCACGAAAAUGGUGCAGGAAAUGCGAAAGUGCAUCGUGGAAACGCAAGAGAUGCACAACCGCCAGCUGGAGUGUAUGCAGCGGGAACGGGACGCCGCAAUACUUACCGUCACACAGCUCGAACAGGAGCAAAGCAUCAACAGCAACUGCAUUCCUCCGGGCUCGAUACAUGCUAACAAGAAGUGCGCCAACUGUAACCGCGAAGCGUUGGCCGAAUGUUCGCUCUGUCGGAGGACACCGUACUGCUCGACGUUCUGCCAGCGGAAAGACUGGAUAACGCACCAGAACGAGUGUGUGCGCAGUACGCAGGAACCGACGCAUCAGAUAAUGCUAAUAGUGGACGAGACGCAAUAGCCUUUAAUGUUCUAAUCGGACCAACCCGCAAGGGUAAAGCUGGAUCGACGUGUGCAAAUCUAACAAUCGAUCGGCUGGACUCCGAUGAUGAACAAACAGGUGCAUAUAACCCCCACCACACACACAAACACAAGCAUCAGGAUACUUCCUCGCCUAACCAUUUACACGCUGUACAGGUGCCGAUGUGGUGAAUAGUUGACUAACUGGCAAAAAAGGUCCUAUCGAACAAUUUAACCAGAAAGCAAACUGUUCAUCUCAAUCGAAGGUUUGUAACACAAGUGUAGUAAGUGAGAUGGAUUGUGUGCACUGGCAGCGGAUUUUUGAACCGUUUUCGAGUAUGAUCAUUCUUCAUCAUAUAUAUGUUUGGUUGUUUUGUUUUACGUUCAAUCACAAAUCGGCAACGCCAGUGUACAAUUCUUCUAAACCGAGCUUUUGCUCAAGAAACAGUGAGAGAGAGAGAGAGAGAGAGAGAGAGAGAGAGAGAGAGCGUACAGGUUGGGGAAGACGAACCAAGACUUACCACAGUACUGUGCUGAUGCAAAAAGCAAUGAUAACACCCUCUUCAAUGAAUGUGCUAGGGACACAGAAACUGACCAAACAGUACAACCGAAGUACCGUUUGCGAAGUGACUCUGUUUGAGCAGGGGGAAAGACAAUUAUUUCCUUGCGAGUAAUUUUCAAUGAAAUGUUUAGCGAGGAGUUUAGCGCUCCUUGAAGUUGUAUGAUAAUGAUAGAUACAGUGCAGAGACCGUAUAUUUAAUAGUGUAAUAUUAUUGUAUUAUUAUACGUACGUUUUGUUACGUUAGUUAAAUUCAAAUCAAUCAAUGAAUACGUACGUUUAGGUAGAUGAAGAUUACUUUAAGGCAGUGCGCGUACGUCCGCUAUCACGUACGAGAAUGUUUUAUUUUAGAAAUACUUCUUUUUCUGUUGCUUUUUUUUAAGGCGACGGGAAAUCGGGGCAAGGAAGGAAGGAGUGUACACGUACAUGUAACAUAUCGUACACGGUGCAUGUACUUCCAGUUGUGCAGAUAAAAUCGAUAAGGUUCGUUCGAUCGGCGUGUGUGUGCGUAAAAUGAAGGUUUAUUUUAGAUUUAGGCUGAUCUGGAUAGCUAAUUUUAACGAAUGCGAGUGGAAGAAAGGGAAUAAGUUCCACGGAGAGGGUAGAGUCAGGAGUAAGGGUUCCAGGGGGGGGGGGGGGGGGGGUGCACAAGAAAAUUGUAUUAAAUUGUAGUUCGGAAGCCGUGGAAAGACUGUAGUCACGUAGCAGGGGAGCGUAUGAUUGCGAGGAGGUUUUAUGGUGUUCGUUUGAAAUCAAAAUGAAUGAUUAAAAAAUAUGGUAAAAGUUUUUUUUCGUUAUUAUUUUCAUGUAACUUUCUUUUUUUUUAUUGUUGUGAACUAACUUAUUAGUUGCUGCAUGGUUUAUCCGUUUGAUUUGCCUGAUUUCUCUCCUUCUUUGUAUGAUUAUAGUUCCCUGCAGAUGGUUGGUUUUUUGCCAACCAACUAUCGCUCGUUUCGUUUGGUUUAAAUGUUCGUAGGGUAUGGAAUAAGCAUCCUGUAGCUGUUAAGGCAAUACACUCUAGUGCAAGAUUUUCUUAAACAAAAUGUAUCUCUACCACCAACUUCCUUACUAACUUAAGGCAAUGUAGAUAACUUACACGGAAGCAACAUGAACUGAAUAUUUAGAGCGUCUUACGUCGUUGUUUCCCGUGUUUUCUUCUUUUUUGUUUGUUCCUAUGUUCUCAUGUUCGUUCACUAACUGUACAGUAAUGCAUAAGAAAAUCUGCUCUUUACGCGAGAGACAUUGACUAACCUUUGUUUCAUCCUCGUAAGCGUGCAGCAAGAAACAAUGUAGUAAGUCAAGGAUGCAUGCACUUUAAAAACCAAAUCAAUCACAUUUGCAACAUUGAUGUAUUUCUUCGUGCGAAUUUUCUUACCAACAGUGUAGUAGCGAGUGUGUAGUGCAUAACCAUUAAAAUGACCAAACGAAUGAUCUUUUGUAAAAUUAUUUCUGACUUUUUAGGGAUUAAUCGAUCACUUACUACUGCAAUGUGCAAAAGAGAUGUGAAGAAAAAAAAAGAUGUGUGAAAAACAAUUUCAAACAUGUAAACCCCUUUUGCAAAAUGUGCAAUAGAGCAAAUUUGCCCUCAUCCUGUCCUCAAGCGCGUACGUUGUAUCCAUACUUACGUUUGCGAAGAUUUAGUGCGUAAAGAAGAGUCGAUCAACAGGUGUCUAGUAGCGAUGCGUCUGCGUGCGGUAAACGAAUUUUUAUACAAUGAAUGCAAUUAUAGAUGUGAAUAUUUGAAUGUAGUGUGAACUAAGAAACAACAUACAUUAGCUAAAUAACAGGAUCUAAAUUAGAUUGCUGGUGUCAUACGACAAAAGAGAAAAAUAAACAUUUGAAAAUCGUGAA